GACCUCAGCGACACCCACACGCGACGAUGCGUGUGUCCUGUUGAUAGGCCGAAAUGCAGGUAAACCUCGGCGCACAACUGACUAUUGUUCUAAACUCCGUUUCUCGUCGUUCGAUGAAGCCUUAACGCCAUGAAAACUCGCGCCUCGCUCUUGAUGCGUCCACGAGUGCCAAUAAAAGCGGAGUGAGGGGUCAAAGGCAACAGAGAUGACCUCAGCCCUGACCGGGGCGUAAUGCAACAUACAAGGUAACGAGCGAGGUAUAUAACCUCUUGGUUGAGCCAUGGUGGAAGCGCGACAAUUAUACACAGGUCUGGCGACUCGUGCGAUGGCUUCCAAAAGUCUUCUUCUGCGGGGCGGUGUUGCUCUGAUACAUGAUGCGAAUAACCACGUCGUUCCUACCAAGACUGACAUUCUUGUCGAAGAGGGCAGGAUCACAAAAGUCGCGCAUCAGAUUGAAUCGCGUCAGGACAUCGAGACUAUUGACUGCACUGACAAAAUCAUCAGCCCAGGCUUUAUCGAUACACAUCGUCAUGCUUGGCAAACACAGCUCAAAGGCAGGCACGCCAAUGAGCAGCUGCUGGAGUACAUGGUGACUGGCAAUUCGCAGUCUUUCCAGUACUCGCCCGAAGAUGUCUUCUACGGUCAGCUCGCCGGUUUACUGGAGAGUAUCGCAGCUGGCACGACCACGGUGGUUGAGCACGCACACAUCACCCGCUCACCAGAACACGCCAAAGCCGCCAUCGCAGGUACUGCAUCUUCCGGCAUGCGAUCCGUGUUCUGCUACACUCCCAUUUCGCUCGUCAAGCAGUUCAACCCCCUCACCUGGCAUCAAAACCUCCUCGAGGACUGGGUCAUGAACACCUUCGAGGAACUCGCCGAUAAUGGACCUUUCGGGGACGGAAGAGUAACGCUGGGUUUCGCGUUCGACUUUUGGUUUCUGCCUGCAGAUAUGAUCAAAGGCAUAUUUGCUAAGGUGAAUGCCAAAGGCGUCAAGACGAUUACCACCCACGGCUCUGUAUCGCUAGGAGGUAGUGUGAUACAAGCAGCGUCGAAGCAUGGUUUACUCGACGAGAAGAUUAUCGUUUCGCACGGUGGUACCAUCGUCAAGGCUGAUGCUGAACUCUUGAAGGCCGCUGGUGCAUUCGUGAGCUCUACCCCGAGUUCAGAGCUCCAGAUGGCCAUGGGGAGGUCCUACUGCUUCGAUGCCUCAUUCCCAGAUGGAGGCGUGAGCGGAGAUUCGAUUGGACUACAGGACAACAGCGCGCUUGGCGUUGAUUGCCAUUCCGCCACUGCCGGCUCUAUUAUCGCUGAAGCAAAACUUGGUCUCGGCAAUGCGCGAAAUCACCACAACGAACACAUCAUGAAGCAAGACAAGAUUCCACGAGAUCUUCCUGAUAGCCUCAGUGUCGAGGCCGCCUUCAAUCUCGCAACGAUCAAAGGCGCAGAGGCUGCGAACUUGAGCAGCAAGAUUGGCCGUAUUGCGGAAGGGUACAAAGCGGAUCUGGUCAUCUUCGACGCUCUGAGUCCCAGCAUGGUCGGCGCUGCGCAACACAAUCCCGUCGCCGCGAUCAUCCUGCACUCGAGCCCGGCCGAUAUCGAGACUGUCAUUGUCGAUGGCAUCGUGAGGAAGAAGGAUGGCAAGCUACUGCCGGUACAGGUAGACAGCAGCGCCAAAGAUAUGAUAGGAAGCGACACCCUCGACUGGCUCAGCAUUGCCAAAGAGAUUGUCUUAGGCAGAGAGAAGAUGCAGAAGGAAAUUGACAAGAUCGAUUUUGAGGAAGCAUACGAGGCAAUACUCAAGAUGUUCCACGUUGACAAGACGAAAUUGGUAGACUGAGAUCUGUAGAGUAUCUCCAAUAUCGGAUAACGCUGUCUCGAUACUCAAAACCUAGCUGAGGGGGUUGAUCGUUAUCAUUUGGCUGUUGUAAAUCGUGGUUUGUAUGGUAAUCGGCCCUGUAACACGAGCGCGACGCGCUGCAUUAUACUCAGUAUGGUUAGUCAGUUAGCGCCUCCUUCACCCCAACCUCAAGGGGAUCGAACUAUUAAAUGCUCCCCUUACUGCGCGGAUAUUUAGGUCGUCUCAUUCGAUCUCUGUUGCAAUAACUAUACAUUUUCAUUCGGCAGUCAAUUCUCAGUGUGCGCUUUGUAUCAUGGGCCAACACUCUACGUCGAAGGAGCGUAAGUAUCUGGAGCUACGCAAGCAACCACUCAAGUAUACGCACUGCAGAGCGGCAACACGACCCAUCUGCCAUAAUAC